AUGGCGAAGACAAGGUUUGGAAAUCCGAGGGCCAAGACGAAUUCGAAGGCCAAGAACAAUGUUUCUCCAUCAAAUCCGAAGGCGAAGAAGACAUCGAAGAAAGAUGGUUCUCCAGCGAAUCCGGAGGCGAAGAAGACAUCGAAGAAAGAUGGUUCUCCAACGAAUCCGGAGGCCAAGACGACAUUGAAGAGCGAUCAGAAUGCCAUUCUCAUUGGGCUCCCAUGUUACCGGACGAUUCGUAGGUGGAAAUGUCUCUUGUAUACAUUGUUCAUCAUCUGA